ACUCCUAUUUCUCUCUAUAUACACGUUCCAAAUCAGUCUGACUCCCCUGCACUGACUGAGAAAGCCGAGAGGGAGAUGAGGAACCCUGGGAAAGGAUCCAAAUGUCACGCCAAAUCGGGGCAGGAGGUGAGGAAGGAUCGGAAAUCGGCGACCGGCAUGAGCGGAUCGCCCAAGAAGGGUGGGCACGGCGGUAAGUUUACGUGGUCCGGGGACGGGAACUCCCGCACCGAGAUCGAGUUCCGCAAUGGGGCUGUGGAUUCCAAGGACCCUAACUUCGAAGAUCCUGAAGAGAUCGCGAGCGUCAGCGUUUGAUGACUAUGAUGACUAUGAUGAUGCUGCCUCUUUCCCUGUUUCACCAGAUGUAAAUAUUCAUGAAAUGUAGGAUGAUGGAGGUGGUGGUGGUGGUGAUGAUGAUGAUGAUGAUGCCUGACAUCUCAUUUUAAUAAAUAAACUGUUCUCAUUUUCUGUAGAACUGCGGAUGUGAAUUUUCACGGAAUAUUAAUGUUGAAAUUUGGAAAAGAAUAGCUCAAAAUGUCUGCAGAUUGGAGCCUUUUUUUUUUAA